AUGGAGUCCUCCCCCCUGAUCAAGGCGCACGAUCACGCGAGAGCCGCCUCCAUCGCAACCCAGACCUCCGACACCACCGUGGCGGUCAAUGAACACACUAGGGCCGCCGGAGAGUUCGCCAACGCCGCCAAGAAUACCAGUAGCGUCGAAGCCUUGCGCACCCUGAAGCUGCUCGAGCAACAUCACCGGAGGCUUUCCGAAAUUCUUCAGAUCCCGGGCAAGCAUCCAGCCUCUCAGCCGACCUCCGAAGAUGGCUCGCAAGGUAGCGAGAAGGACGAAGCCGCGCCUGGCGUAACCCUCAUAUUGCCAGCCGCGAAGCCCGAGAUUGGUGGUGCUUCGAGCGAGAAGAAUGCCCAGCCGAUGCCAACUCUCCCCAAGCAGCCGAGAUACCCCGCGCGCGAUCUAGGUGCUUCCAUUGCCAGCAAUCUCGCCUCCGCUCGCGGCAUCCGCUCCAAAUAUAGGACCCAGCCCUUGAUCCCGAGCGUCUCUAACACCGAGGCUCCUGGCAACAUGGAGACUGCGUCGCGGAGGAGCGGGCCGAGGACCAAAAUGCAAAGCAUGCUCGACAAUUCCGACAAGCCCAAUGUGGCGCUUCCGUCGGACAGGGAAAGGCUUGCUAAGUAUUCUGGCUCAGGCCUGCCGGCCGGGAUCCCCAACAAGGAGCGGGCGGAGAGUGCAACCAGCGGGGUUGACGAAGGCUUCUCCCGGUUCUACAGCGCAUUUGGCAGCAUUAUAAAUAGGAUUUCUGCGCCGCUCGCCUUUGCAGGACUGCCUCUGAUCAGCGAGGAGCAGACUGAGGAACCCGCCCCCGUUCCUGAGUCGCCGGCACAGAAGCGUAACAAGGUCAGGGUAUCCGCUUCCUUUCCCGCCGAACCGGACCUGAGGAAACUAUACUCGAAGGCGGCCCUCAGAGCGGUGUCCCGCGACGGGCCGUCGGCCAAUGACUCCUUCUACGUCGUGCCAACUAGCGGUCAUACAGCCUCGUACGCCAGCAUCCUGACUUUUGCCGAUAAAGAGAAGCGCCGGAUGGAGGCGGUCGCCCAAGGCGUGCCGGGAAAUCUACUGGAGGAAGUGGACGAGGACGACUUCGUCGACGCCAGGGAAUCCCAGGUCCCCCGCUCGCCCGCGCUCCAGAAGCUAACCGGCAAGACCCGUUCGGAGCGAGGGCUCACCAACGUGGUCGAGGAGCUCUAUCUCGAGAACAAGAGCCUAAAGGACAUGCUCGACAAGCUGAGUAAACGCCUCCACGCGUUCGAGUCCAUGUCGCAGAACUCGGGUAUGAGGCUGGCGGAGAGCAUGCGACUUAUGCGCCCCGCGUCACCCCUCGCAUCCGGUGGCGGCGGCGGGACUAGUAAGCUCGCUGCCGCGUCGGCAGACGAGACGCUGGCGAAGCGGACCCAGGAGCUGGAGGAGCAGGUGCAGCUGCUGGGGAGGCGGAACGAUGAGCUGCGGAAAGAGAACAACAAGCUAAAGACAAACCUCGACCGAUACCGGGAUAAGUGGGAGCAGCUCAAGGCGGGCGCCAAGGCUCGGCGGGCAAGCGGUAUCCAGGGUAGUUCCGAGGCAGCGGAUGAUGGCACGAGGUCUCCCAGUCUAGGUUGA